GUGCAUUAAAUUAAGAAAAACAAUUGAAAGACAAACAAAUGCUGGACCGCUUUUGAAAUUCUGACAGCUGACCUCAGAAGAGCCCCAAAAGGUGUUUAAGGUAUAUUUUAUGUUCUUAUUUCACGAAAUUAUUCAGGAUGACAGAAAAGGAAGCACGCAAAACUGCAGAAGAUCUGCAGGAGUGGGCCAAACGAAUGGGCUUUACUCCGGGGUCCAAAUUUGUUAGUGCAGAAGAGUUUCCAAGCACCGAAGCAUUUCAGAAAUUAUGCAAAGGAAAAUCAAUUGCUUUCUGGCAAGAUAUCUUGAAGAAUGUCAGACCAAAGAAUGAAGUAUUGCACAUUCAGAAGAAUCUGCUUCUUGACCGAUUAAGGAAGGGUAAAACUCUUGAGAAGGAUCCACUUCCUGGUAUUGGCAAACAAUUCCUCCUUGCCUCAAAACUUGCUGCACAGCAAAAGGAGAAAACUGAGCUGCUGGAAUCCAUUCAAAAGCGUGAAACUGCUAUUAAGGCUAAGGAAAAAGUGUUAAGGAAAUCAGGCCAUAAGAUCAUUGAAUUAGAUAAUCAAGUUGAUGAACUAAAAAAGAAACAACUAAUGUUUAAACUGAAGGCUGCUGAUUGCCGUUCAAAGAUAGAUUGGUUCAAAGAGAUCUCAGAUGUUGUCAGUGAUCUAUGUCCCCCUCCACCAAACGCCAAGCCUUCAACAAAUAUGUCAUCUGAUACUGCUGAGGCUGCUCUGCGCAAAUGCACUGAUGCAAUCAGAGAAUUUCAUUCUAAAUCACCUGAAAAUGAUCUUGAAAUAAGUAAAAGUGACGAGACCGAAGAUGCUCAUUUAAAGCACCUGUGGGAAAAAUUUAGAUCUAAUAUUAAUGGAUGGGGAGCUAAGCAAAUAUCAGAUGCUCUCUGUCAAGUUUUAAUGCCAGAACUGAUUGAUGAGAUAUCAGCUCUCUGUGCAGAUGACUCGACUACUUCAAGAUCAUCUGAUGCCCAUCCAUCUCUCAUCAACAAUGCUCUUGCUAUUUUGCCUGCCAAGCAGAUGGAAUAUGUUCUUGAGUUUAUUAAUCUGUCAACUAAAUCAAAGAUUCAGGAAGAUGAGAUACAGAAAUUAAAGGAAGAACUCACUGAAACACUUAGUCUUUUGAAAGAAAACACUUCUAUGCUCAAUAAGUCAUCUACUAACACACCUGAAAUCGUAAAAGUUUGGAUUGAAGCACAGUCAAAGAAGGCUCAGCUUUCGGCUAAGCUGCAAGGCAUUAAGUUCGAAAUUGCUAGACUGAAGGAAAGUGUCCCUUGUCGGUCUGUCGUCUCAUCAAGUUUGAAAUUAGUGAAAGAAGAAUUAGCAAAGCUUGAUUUGCAAGUGGACAAUGACAAGAAGCAGGUGGAGCAAAAUCUAGCUCACAUGAAAAUGGUCAGUGUCAGACUCAAAUCAGCUCAGUCAAAAGCUCUGAAAAUGCGCUCUGAUUUUAACAGUCAGGUGCCUCAGUUCUUUAAAAGGGCAAGAAACAAGAGUUUUGAUUCUGAUACAGACAUCUCCAGUCCUCGAGAGAAAGUCCCAUUUACAUCUACAAUGAUUGAAAACGAUAAACUUGAUCCAAAUUUUACUCUGGAUUCAACUUGUCUUUCUGUUGUUGAAAAAUUUGGACAGUUACACCCUUUAGAUUUUGUUGCAUCAUUGAAAGAGUCUAUUUCCAAAGAAGCCAAAUUAUUUAUCAAAGUGCACUUGGAUCUUGUGCCUUUUGUGAUUCGUAACGGGAAAAGGGAAUCCAUGUCCAACUUAAUGGUUUUAGCUCCUCAGAUGACAUCUCAUUCUUCUAACAUGCCACAUCGAAAUUUCCUGCAGAUUGUGCCUGGUACUCCGUUUACUAGUGCACCUCAAAUACUUCUGAAUCAUUUGUGUGCUCAGAACCAUUUGAGAGCUAGACACCUCUAUAAAAUUCUUAAGGACCUUCCACCUCUCACUGCUCUCCAAGCACCUAAAAUUACAGAAGCAUUGCUGAAGCAGAUUCCAAAACAAGAAAAGGUUCUGCUAGAGAAGAUUGAAAAUGCUCAUGCAUCUGCGGGAAAGCUUGAAAUGCUGCUUUCCAAGUGUAGGAGCAAUUUGGAGCAUUGGGUGGAGAGACCAGUAAGAAAUGCUGUUCCUUGUACGAUGAUCGUCAACGGACGGACGUUCAGCGAAUGGUGUGCACUUUAUGACGAAAAGUCAAAGGUAGAAAAGUAAAAUAAAUUCCACCUGUCUGAUGUGCUUCUUAUGUUAAAUCCAGAAUCUAUCUAUGAAUAGCUAUGAAAUUUUGUAAAUAUGUGUUAGAAAUUAAACUGCGAGUUCCACUCAACAUUACAAUCAAA